GCAAUAUUUCCUUGUGCUGCAGAUACACGUGGCACGCCUGCAGUAUUGGUGUUGGCGUGCAUGGAGGUAGUGGUGGUGGUGAUGGUGGUUUAAUAAUGGUAACAAUGAUGCAGUAUUGAUGAUGACAAUAGAGGAAGACUGAUACUUAAAUCGUAAGGAGUGCAAGAAGAACUGAGAACAUAAUUCGUGCACUGUGGCCGCAAUGAGUCUGCAGGAAAGGAACAACAUUGGUAAUGGACGGCGCAGGAUCUUCAGUGUGUACACGUUGGUAAUGGUAGUGGCAGUGGUGGCGACGGUAGUAACGGCAAUGUGGUUGUGGUUGACAGUGCGUGAGCGGCGAGAUGGUAAACAAGAGGAAAAAGAGAGAACCUUGGAGGAAGCUACACUGAGAGCCUUGGGUCCCAUGAAGGCCAGUGACCCGCACCUAUUGCGUCUCCUACAGGAAAGAUACCUGGAGCCGCCGUUCCCUGGGCCGCCUGACCUGAUGCUGGACCGAACUGGACCAGAAGCAGAGAGAUACAACAUUUACAGGACCAGAUUCUCUUCCUGGAUGAGAACCAAUAGAAUUAUCAAAACGCUAUUUUCCAGCGCACCUCCAGGAUUUUUCGUGGAGGCUGGUGCGCUGGACGGCGAGUUCAUCUCCAACACUCUGCACCUGGAGCGUGAACUUGGCUGGACUGGUUUGCUGGUGGAAGCGGACACCACUCUCUACUCAGCUCUCGCAGGUAAGCGGAGGCGAGCCUGGUCCUCUCGCGGCUGUCUGUCCCCCACUGCCUAUCCCCAGGAGCUAAUCUUCCAUGGGUACUUCGCAGACGCCUCUGCUUCAGUUGACACUCACCUUCUCGUGCGGUCAACAGGUAACCUGGAGGGCGUGCAGGCCCCAGCGGCAGGACAGAUGGGCACACAACACAGGCAGGUGGUGCAGUGCUUCCCACUACUGUCGUUCCUGUUGGCUGUCAACACCACAGCUCUGCAAUACGUGAGUCUGGACGUGGAGGGCGCCGAGGCAGACAUCCUUAUUAACCUUCCCUGGGAGGAGGUGGAUGUGGCUGUGUGGACCAUUGAGCACAAGGUGAACACCGAUAAAUUUAAGAAUAUUUACGAACAACCUUUGCUGACAAGUGGCACUGAAACUAGUGAAGUGGAAGUCUUAAACACAUCAUUCAAAACAACUAGUAGUCUACGCUCUGCUCCCGUGAAAGCCGUGACGAAGGUGGUGUACUACGCGGCCCAGAGAGAUCCCAGCCAGGGCAAGGACCCUUACUUCAUCAGGUUCAUGCAGGAACGAGGCUACGUGCUCUAUGAUUACUGGGACGGGGACUACACCUUCAUCAAGAGGAAUUCUAGUAUUUGCCAACGACACUGUCCUGCCUGAGUGACAUACAAUGAAACUGAUAAAUAUUAUGCAA